CUUCAUAUAUAUUAUGUCUUGGUUCUGGCUUUCUUGAUCUCUUUUGUUCUAAAAGUGUGUAACUGUGUAUUGCCUUUGAAUUUUCCUUCUUGUUCACUGCGACACCUUUGGUAUUUGGUAAUUCGUGAAGAAAUCUGCUGCUGAUACUUAAACUGCAGGUGCAGUCUUGAUUAUCAACAAGUAUGGCAGUGGGAGAGAUUUUUCUUGGGGAGUUCCUUCAGGUGCUGCUCGACAGGUUGGCACCUCGCGAGAUCCUCAACUACUUCGGUCUUGUAAAGGGCGUCGACAAAAAGUUGAAUAAAUGGAGUGACAAUUUGUCUGCAAUCGUAGCGGUGCUGAAUGAUGCGGAGGAGAAGCAACUGACAGAGCAUGGUGUGAAAUUGUGGCUGGAUGAACUCAGAGACUUGGCUUAUGAUGUAGAAGACGUGCUGGACAAAUUUGCUACUAAAAUAUUGAAGCGCCAGAUAGAGGGACGUGAUCAAGUAAAAAGGUGCUGGACAAGUAAAAAGGUGCGGAGUUCAUUCUCUAAACUGACACUCAAUAUCGAUAUGAACUCUGAAAUAAAGAAUAUUACAGAGCGGUUGCAAGAGAUCUCUGAACGGAAAGAUAAGUUUAGUUUAAAGGGCACCGGGACAUCUAGUAAAGCAUGGUCAAGGCCACCAACUUCAGGUGUGCUAGGUGGACUAACCAUUGUUGGAAGAGAUGGAGAUAAAGCAAAAAUAUUAGACAUGUUGUCGAGAGAUGAGCAUACUAAUGUCAACUUUCAUGUUGUUGCCAUUGUUGGCAUGGCUGGCCUUGGGAAGACUACACUUGCUCAAUUUGCAUUCAACAACAACAGUGAUGUCAUGAAGCAGUUCGAGCCGAAGGUGUGGGUGUCUGUGUCUGAUGACUUCGACGUUGUAAGAGUGACGAAGGCAAUUCUUGAAUCAGUCACAUCUCAACCCGUUAAAGUAGAGGAGUUCAGUAAAAUGCAGCAUGAUUUGAAUGAGCAGUUAAGAGGUAAAAAGUUUUUAAUUGUUUUAAAUGAUAUUUGGAACAAAGGUGAUUUAUAUGAUCUGUGGACAAGACUUCAGUCCCCUUUUAGUGUUGGAGCACAAGGAAGUAAGAUAAUUAAUGUGACAACACGUGACCUAAAAGUUGCAAAGAUUAUGGGAGCCACCGAAGUUCAUAACUUGGAGUCUAUGUCAGAUGAUAAUUGUUUGGAAAUAUUUGAGCAGCAUGCAUUUGUGAACAUUAACAAUGAUAGACCACCAAAUUUUGAGUUGCUUCAGAAAAAAAUUGCUGAAAAAUGCAGUGGAUUGCCCUUAGCUGCAAGAACUCUUGGUGGGCUUUUACGUCAGAAUGAAAUAAACGAAUGGGAAGAAAUAUUGAACAACAAAUUGUGGAAUUUAUCAGGUAAGAGCAGUAGUGACAUUCUUCCGGUAUUAAAGUUGAGCUAUCACUAUCUUCCUUCCAACUUGAAGAGGUGUUUUGCCUAUUGCUCAAUAUUUCCAAAUGACUAUGAAUUUGGGGAGAAGCAAUUGAUCCUUUUAUGGAUGGCAGAGGGUUUGAUUCAACAACCACCAGAAGCCAAUAGACAAAUGGAGGAUUUAGGCCACGACUAUUUUCAAGAGCUAUUAUGUAGGUCAUUAUUUCAAAAGGCAAGUGAAAACAAUUCACGAUAUGUAAUGCAUGACCUUGUUACUGAUUUGGCACAAUGGGCAGCAGGAAAUACUUGUUUUAGAUUGGAGGACAAGAAAGGUGAUAACUUGCAAUCUGUAUGCUUUCGUCAUUCGUCUUUCAUAACUGGUGAGUUUGAUGGAGUUCAAAAGUUUGAGGCCUUUCGAGAAGUUAAACGUUUGCGAACAUUCCUGCCACUUUCACUAUCAAAUACUGGAUGGAUUGGAUAUCUGGCUCGUAAGGUAAUAUUUGAUUCAUUACCUCAGAUGCAAUAUUUACGGGUGCUUUCUUUGAAUGGCUAUUUCAUAACUCAUGAGCUGCCAAAUUCAAUUGGUAAUUUGAAGUAUCUGCGGUAUCUUGAUCUUUCUCACACACUGAUAACAAGUUUGCCUGAAUCAACAACCACUCUUUUCAACUUACAGAUACUGAUAUUGGAAGGUUGUCGUUAUUUGGAGGCACUGCCUAGAGACAUGAGAAAUCUAGUGAAUCUCCGUCAUCUCAACAAUUCAAAUGUAGAUUCACUAAAAGCAAUGCCUCCGCAACUAGGUCGAUUGACAAAUCUACAAUCUUUGCCUAAUUUUGUGGUGGGUAAAGGUAGUGAUGAAUCACGGAUAAGAGAGAUAGGAUCCCUAUCCCAUCUCCGAGGGACAUUAUCGCUCUCAAGGUUGGAGAAUGUGAUCGAUGCUGAGGAUGCACGGAAGGCCGACUUAAAAUCCAAGGAGAGAGUAGAUAAAUUGGUGCUAGAAUGGUCGGAUAACACACAAGAAACGCAAUUAGGCGUGCUUGACAGAUUAGAACCUCAUAGAAUGCUUGAAAAACUCAUCAUCAGGGGUUAUGCUGGAUUAGAAUUUUCAACAUGGAUUGGAGAUCGUUCAUUCACUACUAUGGUGCAUGUACGCUUAGACAAAUGUAAAAAUUGUCACAUCUUGCCACCACUUGGGCAACUGCCUUUGCUCAAAGAACUUUAUAUUACAGGAAUGGCUGCAGUGGAAAUUGUUGGCCCUGAGUUUUAUGGGGAGGGUAGCUUGCCUUUUCCAGUACUAGAGACUCUUGAGUUUGAGGAUAUGCAACACUGGAAGAAAUGGGUUCCUUGUCCUCAAUUGGAGGGUAAGGUGCCCGAGAACCUUGAUUCAUUAGAAACACUUAGAAUUAUUGAAUGCCAGGAAUUGGUGAUUUCAAUUUCCAACUAUAAACAAAUUGGUGAUUUAUGCGUCGACGGUUGCAAAGCGGUGGUGAAGACAAGUGGCGUUGAGUUUGAGUUAUUAAAUUCCUCGAGACUUUCAAAUAUUUCAGAGAUUGGCGGAUGUGAGGAGCUGACGUCUUCACUGAAGAAUGAGGAUAGAGUAUUGCAACACUUGAUUUCUCUUGAUCGUUUGGUCAUUGAAGGCAACUCUUCCCUACUUGAGUUGCAACACCUAACGGCUCUUCAAGACCUUGAAAUAAAUAGAUGCUCAAGUCUGGUUUCUUUUCCAGAUAUUGGUCUGCCUCCUUCCCUUGAACUCAUAAACAUUCAGUGGUGUGAUUCGUUGCUGUAUUUUGCAAAAUUCCAGAUUCCCCCAAAUUUAAGAAGAAUACAGAUAUGUUGGUGUAAAAGUUUGAAAUCAUUAGUAGAGAAAGAGGAGGAUAGUUCUUCGUCUUCCUCUUCUUCUCGUAUUUCUCUUGAGCACUUGCAAAUAUGGGGAUGUGAACAGCUGCAGUUAAUAACGUCGUUAUCAUUGAGAGCCCAGUUGUUUCCUAGGGCGCUUAAAAGCCUAUACAUAUCCCACUGUGGAGAGCUGCAAUUAAUAACGUCCGAUGGGUUAGCCCACGACAACACUAAUUAUUGUCUUGAACGUAUUAGCAUCAGUGAGUGCCCAAAUCUGAAAUCCUUACCGGAGGGCCUAUGCCACCUCACCAAUCUUCAAACUUUACAGAUUUAUGAUUGUGGGAGUCUCGUUUCCAUCCCGAGCCUGAGUGGUGAGGGUUUGUCUUCGCCAACAACAACAGCCGCCUCCAGCCUGAGAGAAAUCUGCAUCAAAAAUUGCAACAAAUUGGAGAUGUUACCGAACAUGCGCAAUCUCAACUCUGUUCAAGAAUUGCGUAUUGAGUGA